GAUGAUUGAGGAAAGUGGGAACAAGCGGAAGACCAUGGCAGAGAAGAGGCAGCUGUUCAUAGAAAUGCGUGCUCAGAAUUUUGAUGUCAUACGACUAUCAACUUAUAGAACAGCUUGCAAAUUACGAUUUGUACAAAAGCGAUGCAACCUCCAUCUUGUUGAUAUCUGGAACAUGAUUGAAGCCUUCCGAGACAAUGGCCUUAAUACACUGGACCAUACCACUGAGAUCAGUGUGUCCCGACUCGAAACUGUCAUCUCCUCUGUCUACUACCAGCUGAAUAAGCGCCUUCCUUCUACUCACCAAAUCAGUGUGGAGCAGUCGAUCAGCCUCCUCCUCAACUUUAUGAUUGCUGCAUAUGACAGUGAGGGCCGAGGCAAGUUGACCGUAUUUUCAGUUAAAGCUAUGUUAGCAACGAUGUGUGGUGGAAAAAUGCUGGACAAAUUGAGAUAUGUUUUCUCCCAGAUGUCAGAUUCCAAUGGCUUAAUGAUAUUUAGCAAGUUUGACCAGUUUCUGAAGGAAGUUCUGAAGCUCCCAACAGCUGUCUUUGAAGGGCCAUCUUUUGGUUACACAGAGCACUCAGUCCGCACCUGUUUUCCACAGCAGAAAAAGAUCAUGCUAAAUAUGUUUUUAGACACAAUGAUGGCCGAUCCUCCCCCCCAGUGCCUUGUCUGGCUACCUCUCAUGCAUAGGCUUGCCCAUGUUGAGAAUGUCUUCCACCCCGUGGAGUGCUCCUAUUGCCGGUGUGAGAGUAUGAUGGGCUUCCGGUACCGAUGCCAGCAGUGCCACAACUACCAGCUCUGCCAAAACUGCUUUUGGCGUGGCCACGCCAGCGGCCCUCACAGCAACCAACACCAGAUGAAGGAGCACUCCUCCUGGAAAUCCCCUGCAAAGAAGCUGAGCCAUGCAAUUAGUAAAUCUUUGGGGUGUGUACCCACCAGAGAACCCCCACAUCCUGUUUUUCCUGAGCAACCCGAGAAACCACUUGACCUUGCAAAUAUAGUUCCUCCUCGUCCUCUGGCCAACAUGAACGACACCAUGGUGAGCCACCUGUCCUCUGGGGUGCCCACCCCCACCAAGAGGUUACAGUAUAGCCAGGAUAUACCCAGUCACUUGGCCGAUGAGCAUGCGCUGAUAGCCUCCUAUGUGGCCCGUCUGCAACACUGUGCACGUGUCCUGGACAGUCCUAGCCGACUGGAUGAGGAACACCGGCUUAUAGCUCGCUAUGCUGCCCGGCUGGCUGCAGAAGCAGGAAACGUGACUCAAGUUAUGGCUUUGGAGGAGGAGGAGGAGAAAGAGGAGACCCGUCCUCCUACUGACUUGAGCUUUAACUUUGAUGCCAACAAACAACAAAGACAGCUUAUUGCAGAACUGGAAAACAAAAACAGGGAGAUCUUGCAAGAGAUUCAGCGUCUCCGUCUGGAGCAUGAGCAGGCUUCCCAGCCCACCCCCGAGAAGGCCCAGCAGAACCCCACAUUGCUGGCUGAGCUGCGGCUGCUGAGGCAAAGGAAAGAUGAACUGGAGCAGAGAAUGUCGGCGCUGCAGGAGAGCAGGCGCGAGCUGAUGGUUCAGCUGGAGGGGCUGAUGAAGCUGCUGAAGGAGGAAGAGCAAAAGCAGGCAGCUCAGGCCACAGGAUCACCACAUACAUCCCCCACUCAUGGAGGCGGCCGCCCGAUGCCCAUGCCUGUCCGCUCAACGUCUGCUGGCUCCACCCCCACCCACUGUCCGCAAGACCCACUGAGCGGAGUCGGGGGAGACAUGCAGGAGGCCUUUGCACAAGGUACGAGGAGAAACCUCCGCAGUGACCUGCUGGUGGCCGCUGAUUCCAUCACCAACACCAUGUCAUCCCUGGUGAAGGAGCUCCACUCAGGAACACACUGGACGUCUUGGCCCAGGGAGCCUCUCUGCCACACGUGAUCACACAGAGACGCUGACACGUUAUGUUUCUCUCAAGAAUGCUCCUUGCAGGACAGACCCAAUCCAGACUUUAAAGAAGUUCAGAGCCCCACGCACACACAGUUAGCCCCUUUCCCUGCUUCAUUCGUCCUCCACCAGCUCUCCGUCCACAGCCUCUCUCUCCCCAGGGCUGCGCGACCGCCUCGUUCUGAGGCUUUCCUGGAAGACUGGAACUGAAUCAGCCACAAAAGCUUCUGGACUUUCUCCCAGUUGCCUUUCUGCUCUCUCCUAUUUGAUUUGGUUUUGAAACCCUAUUCUCUCCUUUUGUCCACGACUAGGCUCUGAUUUCAUGUGACGUUUGUGACCUGAGUCUGUUGUUCCUUCGCUCCUCUGUCCAGUCUUCCCUGUGGCUCCUUCCUCAGUCUCUCCAUCACUUAGCUAUUUCGCUGAUUUUCCAGACACCCUUACCUCAUUGUUCUUCUUACAUAAAACCCAUGAAAGAGAGAAAUAAUAAAAGGCCAUUCCCCUAUCGUCAUAUUUUCAAGACUCCCCAUGACUCUCUUCAUUUUAUAACUGCCAGCUAUUUACUAAUCGGUUUAGAGUAGUCAGAUUCCCAUGUUCCGUAUUAAACACAUAGGUUCCCUUCCUGAGCACUACAUAUGGCCCUCCUUUGUUCUUUUCACCUAAUAUAAUGCUUUUGAAUAUGUUGAAGUCGCUUAACAAGGUUAUUAAAUAAAAAUAUAAAGCAGUGUU